AUGUCAUAUGCUUAUUUACUCAAAUAUAUUGUUAUUGGCGAUACUGGUGUAGGAAAAUCUAGUCUCAUUAUGCAGUUUACAUAAGAAGUAUUUAGAGAUAAACAUGAUAUAACAGUAGGAGUAGAAUUUGGAGCCAAAGUUAUAAAAAUAAAUGGAUAAAGUGUAAAAUUAUAAAUUUGGGAUACAGCAGGAUAAGAAGAUUUCAGAAGCAUAGUACGUUCUUAUUAUAGAUCUACUGCAGGGGCUCUUGUAGUAUAUGAUAUAACUAGGAGAGAUACAUUUAAGCAUAUAACUAGAUGGGUAGAAGAAGCGACUAACAAUGGGAAUAGCACCUUAACCUUUAUGCUUAUUGGAAAUAAAUCUGACUUGGAAAGCUAGAGAGAAGUUAGUUAUGAAGAAGGUUUAUAGCUAGCUAAAGAACAUAAUAUGCUAUUUAUAGAGACUUCAGCAAAGACCAAGCAUAACGUAGAACAGACAUUUUGCUAGACAGCAGUAACUAUCUUAGAUAAAGUAAAAAAUGGAGAAAUAGAAGCAACUGCAAAUGGCUCUUCAGGUGUUAAAUUAGGAGAAGUAUAAAAGUAGGAUAAUAUUAUUUUAGAUAGUAACAGCGCCAAGAAUAAUAAUAAUGGUAACAAAAAAAAGAAAAACUGUUGCUGA